AGGGGCGGCCUCCAGGCCUUGAUGGUGGGCUGAACAAGGCUGAAUUUGAAAUUCAGCUUCUGACGCCGAUGAUGCCUAGUUUACCCCCGCCCAGCUGUAUCACAUCCCCAAUCAUCCUCCCUUUUCUCUAUUCAAAGAGUGUUGGUUGCGCGUUGUUCAACAUUCCCGCGUUGCGUCGGGCCAUGCCAAAGCGCUUGUCGAUAUGUCGGCCGAAUUAGGCUUAGCCAUCGCAGGGGUCGCCGCGACCGGCGCCGCACUCUCCAAGGCGCUCUUCGGCAUCUAUCACUCCAUCCGGCACGCGUCGCGCGAUGUGAGAGACAUCGCGACACAGCUCACACUCCUUCAAUCCGUACUCAAGGAGCUCAAACGCGCCUUGCGUACAAGCAAGAGCAUCUACUCCGCCGACGCCACCCGCACUAUCUACAACCUGCUCUCGCAAUGCUCUCAGGUCUUCGAUGGCAUCGAGGACCUCACCGCGCCUCUGCGCUCCGCGGAUGGCGACCCGCUCCUGCAUCCUCCGCUCGGCGAGAGGCUGAAAUUCCACUUCAAGAAAGAUGACAUGCGCCUGCUGAAGGGACAGCUGGACUCCCUCAAAUCGACUAUCCAUCUCAUGGUCUCCAUCAUCCAGCUCGGUCGUGAACUACCAACAUCAUCGAGUACGGGAACGAGUGGGGAGCAGACUUCACCGCAACUCCGGAGCGCGCUUUAUGUUGCGAGUGAACUUGUCGUUGGCGAACGAGCAUGCUUGGCCGACUUGCUGCUCAUUGAAGAACAAGUGUAUGCGAGCUCUACAGAUGGCGUCAAAUUUGCCAGAAUUUCGGCCUGGCUUUCUGAAGUUGUGGGGCUGAGCGCGCCGGGAAGCAUGAGCUAUGCUCAAUCUACGACAACCGCAAAGAGCGUGUGGACACUCUCGGCAGCUCAGCGGUCGAUUACUGGAUCUGCCACUGAGGACGUGGAAAUGCUACUCGAGAAAUGGACUACUGUUAGUGAAGCACAACCUGGAGAUGGUGACAACCAGGGCGAAACUCCGCAUUCGACUGCAUCAACCUCGGACAGAAAUGGACACAUUGCUGUAACAACGCCAGCCGGGGACCACCCAAGCAAUACAGCUCCAUCGAAAGACAGCGAACAGGAUAGCGCACGCCAGCCAGAAUCCCAUUCUUCAGGUUCCGAAUCCGAUUCCGAUACUGAGUCAGACUCAGACUCAGACUCACAAACCGGGGCUCCUUUAGCGGGCCAUAUCAGAGCGCUCCAAGAAUCUGCCUUGGUUGACACGGAUGGUUCAGACUCCAGUUCUUCGGGCACAGCUACUCCUACAGCAGAGCGUCUCUCCGCGAUUGAACAUGUGGAAGGGCCUGCAACACCAACUCUCCCGAUGAGUCCGGGUCCUGAGGCACUCUUGACACCAAUUCUUGUAAGUCAUGGCGACAAUGACGAUAACGAGACGAUACGUGAUCUUCGACGAGCCUCUCACAAGGAUCGCCGAGUUCGCAUAGAUCUUCCGACAUCCCCGGAUGAAUCUUCACUCGAUGAUUCUCGAAUUGAAGAUUGGAUUGCCUCCUCAGCAUUGUCUGAUGAUGGAGGGAACAUCAGCUUCGAGCCGCCACCAAACGCAAUAAACAUGCCAUACCGGUUUCACUCGCCAUUCUCGCAAGUUUCUAUCCUGUCUUCCCAAGCCCCUUCCGUAUCUAGCAGCAUUUCAUCUAUUUGCGAGGACGAGCCAGUGCCUAGGAAAAUACAUAAGUUGAUCAAGAUGGGCAACAACCUCAUCAGACUCAAGAAAUAUAGCGAAGCGGCGUCCCUCUUCAAAGACGCAUAUAAUCUUUCAAAAGCCAACGAUGAGGUGGAUAAUGCCCAAAUUAUGGAGAUCAAGUUCAAGACUGGUGUUAUCUUUGGGGAGCUGGGCAAAUAUGCAAGCGCGGUGCGUGUUCUCAGGGAUGUACUCAACCAGCAAUUGGGAGAGAAUCCGAAACAAACCCAGCUCACCAAACACUACCUUGCCCGUAUCUAUUGUCGACGGGAGGAAUGGCGAGAGGCUUCCAAGAUGUACAAACCUCUAUGGGACUUGCGAAAAAGCAUUCUACGCCAGCAGGGUGCCAUACCUUCUCAAGUCGGCCUUGCAUUACGAACCGGGCAGGAGUAUGGCCAUGCUCUGCUCGGACAUAACCGAUUCGACGUCGCAGCGGACGUUCUUGGAACGGUUUACGACAGAAGCACCAAGGUUCACGGUACGGAUGACGUCAAAAUCACCCUCGACACUGGUGUGAAUCUGGGACGAGCGCUCAGGUGUCUAGGGAAAAUUUCGGAUGCCAGCAAGAUACUCAUCCCAAUCCACCGGGCUUGCGCCAUAGAUCUAGAAGAUGCGCAUUCCCUAGCACUACGGUGUGCCCAUGAGCUUGCAAUGGUCUAUAGUGAUCAAGGGAACUACAGAGAAUGCGAGCCGCUAGCCAGGUCUGUCUGGGAAAUUAUGUCAAAAUUAGGAGAGCCUUCAACACCCUCCAAGAACCACGAUUUCACUCUCGAUAGUGCCGAAUGUCUGGCAACAGCUCUACGCGGCCUGAACAGAAAUUCCGAAGCACGGGAUAUGUUCACCAUCGCGCUCCAAGGGCUCUCAGAGAAAUUUGGUCGGAGUCACUCCCGCACCGUCAAGGUAACCGAUCAGCUUUCCGACAUCUUGCUAGAACUGGAAGAGGAGUACGACGCAGAGAGGCGAAUGUCUUCCGCCCUCAUAGCAAGUCGUCCCAUUACUCACGAAAACAUCACCGAAGACUUGACGCAUAUCGCCGAGAAGUUGGGACCGCUUCUGCUCAAGCAAGACAAGAAAGCGGAUGCCGCCGAUGUUUACGACUCCGUCUUCGUGGGCGAAAAGAAAUUCCUUGGCAUAGAUUCAGUCCUCACAUUGACCAACGGGCAUAAGUAUGGUGCACUCUGCUUGGAUUUGAAACGGCUUCCAACAGCAGAGACCGUUCUAGUAGAAGUCUGGAACCAUCGAAAAGAAAUCCUCGGAGAGAAAGACCAAGAAUCUCUUGCAAGCGGCUUCCAGCUAGGUCAAGCUUAUUUCAUGAACAACAACUUCGAAGCGGCCGUGGCUAUCCAUCAAUCAAUCCUUGAUCUGCGGGCAGAGGUAUUCGGACUCGUGUCUGCGGAAGUGAUUGAAAGCUCCGAGGUGCUUGGUACAAUGUUCACGUCCAGCACCGAGAGUUUCGAGCACGGCUUUCAAUUACUUCAGAACGCUCUAGAAUCCAAGAAGCAGCUGUAUGGGAAUCAGUCCACGACCUUCUCAUCAGCCCUUCGACUCGCAUCACUGUCUGCAGGCCACGGAAAAUUCCCGAAUGCAGCAGACAUCUGUAGCUGGAUCUUCGAGAACCGAGGUGGCCAGUCUGCGAAAUGGAAAGCUAUAGCCAACGCCUCCGCACUUACCGCUGCUGGAUUCGAAUUCAUACAGCAGAGGCACCUGGAGGGCAACCAGCUCGUGCGACAUGCCGUUUCCGCAAUUACCCAGGACCUGGGCGAGACUUCCUCAACAGCUCGAACGCUUGCCUAUAGUCAAGCAUUCCUUCUGUUGUUGCAGAGACACAGUCGUGAAGGCAGGCAUAUCCUGCAUCGGCAGUUCAGUCUCCAAAAGCGGAUCCGCGGCGCCGAACACAAAACUAGUCUGUUAGCUGGCGAAGUCCUUGCGAUUGGCACGCUUGUGGACUCGGUUCUCAAGCGCACCAAGAUCGGCGAGGAGAUUGAUAAGGUGCAUGAUUGGCUGUUCGCGCGAAAGAGAGACUGGACAUUGGCAAUGCGCUUUGCGAUGGCAGCAGCGCUCAUAUGUGCAACUCUCAAGCUAGACGAGAUCGCUAAGGCUAUUCUAAGUUGGCUCCAUCGGACACAAAAGCGACUUUUUGGCCGCUUCGAUCGCGAUACGCUAGUCACCCUAGCCAUUCAUCAUGCUCUUCAUCUCCAGCGACUCUACAAGAGAGCGAGAAAGAUACCGACAAAAGACCACUCCGCAAUAGACCCCCGCGUCCUCGUUCCCAAGAUAUGGCCUAGCCUCACUAGAGGUAUUGGUACAGUCCUCACCAAAAUGACAACCGGAAAGAAACGCUCCAAGUUCUUUACGACCUGGCUUCCGAAGCUCAUGACCGAAUGGACGCUAUACGAAGGAUAUCGGCGUGAACGCCUUGCGCGUCUCUUUAUGGCUCAGAUGCCACAAUUUGAGGGAUUUCAGCCGUUCGAGCAAUUCCUCUCUUCAGAAUUUGCAGACAAUGCAAGUAGACGGUCGAGAGCACGCAGCCCGGAAGACGAUGUCGCGUCCCGCGUAUGGACGGUCGCGAGCUCAGAACUCGGAGACGGCGACGACCGUGACGCAGUGGAUGGGGAUAAUAGCUCUUCGAUAGAUUUUUCUGAGAUCAUUGAUGAGCGGACUGCGGAGCGCCUGAGGUCACUCGGCGACUCGCUGCUUGAUCUUACGAUGGAGUCGUCUAAGGACGAAGAAAGUCUACCCAGGGGGGGCGAUGAGGAGGGUGCAGAAGAGCGGCUUAAGAAUUUGCAGAGCGAGCUGGUGAACGAGGUUGUCAAUGAAGCGGGCAUCAACGCAGCGAAGGAGAACUAUGAAGCUUUUGAGCGGGAGACGGACAGUGUUAUAAUUUUAGCCGAACUGCAACUGCACUUCACCUUUCAUAAGCGAAUUAGCACGGUAUGGACGCCUGGAACUUUUGCAUCUUCGCCGUGAGCUGAGUAGCUCUCGCGGCCGUCCUACGAUGCAUCGUGGUGUGGAGCUACCGCCUUCUUAUGCACCCACUGCACAAGUAUCCAGGUCCAUUACUUGCGAAGCUCACGGAAUGGUACGGUGCCUACUAUGCACUGCGUCUACGCCUACAUCUCAUCACCUACGCAGACCAUCAGAAAUAUG